AUGGUUGGUUAGCUAAAAGACUGGAUAGAAUGGAAUGAGAAAUAUUCUAUUCUUUAUAUUAACUUUGAAUACAAAGGUUAAUAAUACCUAGGCUAAGCAUGUGCUUCUGAUUAAUUUGAAGGAAGUACUAUCAGUUCCAUAUUUCCUUACAAAUUUUAUAACAAAUACGACUCACUACAAUGUGGGUCUGAUAUUAAAAAUAAUACAGACACAAAUGAUACUAGACUAUUACUUCAAGAUGAAUCAAAUAAUAUAAGCAUAAAUCAAACUCAUAGAUUUUUAGCUGUAGGUGGAGGCGGAGGAGGAGGUGGUGGCGGUGGUGGUGGAGGAGGAGGAUUCGGAGGUGGAUCCCAUGGAGGAGGUAGUUGCAGUAGAGAUUAUUUAUGGAGCUAAGUUAAAAUAGCUAGUUGGUUAUGUUUACCUAACAAAUUUAAUAUUUCUUACUACACAGAACCACAGUCUUGUUAUGUCAAUUUUUUUAGAGGUGAAAAAGCCAUUGAAAAUGACCAAAUUAGUAAAAUUGAAUAAAAUAAUUAAGAUUAAAUAGUUUAGUUGAAUAAUUUACCAAAUAAAUCUGAUAAUAAUCAAAAUUAAAAUGAAAUUGCUUAAUCUAAAGCCACAGAUUAAUUAUAAACAAAAGUAAAUUAUGUUUAAUAACCAUAUUUUAAUAACUUUAAAGAUAUUUAGUUGCCUAGUAGAAUUGAUUUUGGGUAAAAUAAAAAAACUGAAACUCUCGCUUGA